UCUUCUUUAUGCAUAUAUAUAAAUGUAUAUGGCUUUGGGCUCUUUCCUUUUCUAUAUUUGUUAAUUGACACAGCGGAAUUAGAGGAAGGAAAGAAGUGGAAAAGGUUUUUAAUCCGGGAAAGAGGAAUUCGAUCCUUCUUCUAAUUUCUUGCAUACAAGGAAAGGAGGGAGGCGUUGGGGCGAGUAUAUAUGAGGAGGCCCUCUCUUGUUCUUCCCAUGCCGACUCCCAGAUCUUAAUAAAGAGAUCGCAAGCGCGAGCGAGAGAGAGAGAGAGAGCGACGAUCCCCCUCUCGAACUCGAAUCGGAAGCGUCUCAGAUCGUUCGAAUAAAGGAUGGAGUCGGAUCUUGGAAAACUUUUCAUUGGAGGGAUUUCAUGGGACACUAAUGAAGACCGCCUCCGGGGGUACUUUGAGAGUUUCGGAGAGGUGGUGGAGGCCGUCAUCAUGAAGGACCGGAACACCGGCCGUGCGCGUGGAUUCGGGUUCGUUGUGUUUGCCGACCCCACCGUCGCAGAGAGAGUUGUCAAGGAGAAACACAUGAUCGAUGGCCGGAUGGUGGAGGCGAAGAAAGCUGUGCCGAGAGAUGACCAGCACAUCCUUAAGAGAAACAGCAGUAAUGCCCAUGGUUCUCCAGCUCCUGCUCGCACCAAAAAAAUAUUUGUUGGAGGCCUGGCUUCCACUGUAACUGAGGCCGAAUUCAAGAAGUACUUCGACCAGUUUGGGACGAUCACUGAUGUUGUUGUGAUGUAUGAUCACAACACACAAAGGCCGAGGGGCUUCGGAUUCAUUACUUUUGAUUCAGAGGAUGCUGUGGAUAAGGUGCUUGUUAAGACCUUUCAUGAGCUCAAUGGCAAGAUGGUUGAAGUUAAGAAGGCUGUUCCCAAGGAACUGUCCCCAGGGCCAAGCAUGCGCUUGCCUAUUGGGGCAUAUAACUAUGGUCUGAGCAGGGUCAAUAGCUUUCUCAAUGGUUACACUCAGGGUUACAGUCCAAGCUCCAUAGGUGGCUACGGAAUGAGGAUGGAUGGUAGAUUUGGGACAUUAGCUGGUGGGCGCAAUGGGUUCCCUUCGUUUGGUCCUGGCUAUGGAAUUGGGAUGAACUUUGAGCCUGGGAUGAGCCCCAACUAUGGUGGAAACUCAAAUUUCAAUAAUAGCCUCAGUUAUGGACGGCCAUUGAGCCCUUACUAUAGUGGGAAUUCCAGUAGAUAUAGUAACCCUAUUGGGUAUGGUGGAGGUAGUGGUAGUACUGGGUCUGUUUUCAGUUCAGUGGCUCGUAACUUAUGGGGCAAUAGUGGCCUUACUUAUACUACCAGCUCGGCAAGCUCUAGUGCCUUCAUGGCAUCUGGAAGUGGGAGCCUUGGUGGAUUUGGUAAUAGUAACCUGAACUGGGGAGGUUCCUCUUCUCCUAUUUCGGCUCAAGGUGUGGGCAGUGGUUCAGGCUAUGCUAGUGGGGCUCUGGGUUAUAGAACUGGAGAGAAUAGCUUUGGUUUGGGUUCCAGCAAUUAUGGAAGAAACACUGGGAGUGGUUCUGUUAAUCCCUCCUUCACUGCAUCAAGCAAUGGAUAUGAAGGAAACUAUGCAGAUCCAUAUGGUAGUAGUUCAAUCUAUGGAGACACCACUUGGAGGUCUGCAUCUUUGGAGCUUGAUGGAUCUGGUCCUUUCAGUUAUGGACUUGGCAAUGCAGCUUCAGAUGGCACUGCCAAGGCUUCCACAGAUUAUAUGGGUGGUUAUAAUAUUACCAACAGACAAACAAAUAGAGGAAUCGCUGCCUAGGAGGAUUAUUUUUUCAAAUAUCAGAGUUUAUCGUAGAUGAAGAAUCCAGUGAAUUAGGCGCUUGAUGGUGAACUCAGAUGUUCCCCUAAACUAUAUGGUUUAGUUAAUUAUUUAGAGCUAACCAGAGUUGGCUUCCAAAAUUUAAAUCCAGAGAGUUCAAAUAUAUAGGAUUUUGUGUAUGGUUUGAGAUUUGAGUUUCAUUUCUGCAUAGAGUUUAGGUUUUGUUUUUCGUGGUUUGAUUGAGAUGUAAAAUCAGAUUGCGGGAUAUAUUCAGAAGAGUGUUCUGAUUUAUGCUGGCGCCAUAUAGUCUUCUGCCUUUUUUCAGGAAAGAAAACUUCUGUAAUAUCUGGCAAUGUGAUAGUUAUUGUCAGGUAUGUGCUUUUUUUCUUCUUUUUACUGCAGAUGUACCAGAAACAGGUUGAUUUAUUAGUGUGAAACUUCCAGGGAUACUAUGUGGGUCCCUAAGAAUAAGGCUACUAAAUAUUCUGAUUCAUUUCUAUUAAAAAUUUGCUUU